GUAGAAACAGCUGUACGGGAUUUGCAGAUCGCAAGGGCAAGAAGGGGGUGGGUCUUCGUCCUGUUGCGUAAAUUUGUUAUGAUACUUGUGCUCUUGAUCGGGCUUGAAGAGAUCGAAGACAAUGUCUCAAGGAUCGAAGGCCAAACGGGCCCGUUUAUCGGCGGAAAAUGACUCCAAAAACCAUGAAGACUCGACAGAGUUUUUUAAGGGUAUAAGCAAAAUUGAGUACAGACCCAAUGCAGGACCCACCGAUGUGCUGUGUUUUAAACAUUACAAUGCUAAGGAGGUCAUUAAUGGGCGGACGAUGGAGGACUGGUUACGAUUCUCCGUCGUCUACUGGCACACCUUCAGGGGAGUAGGUCUGGACCCCUUUGGAGCCCCCACCAUCAAGAGACAUUGGGAAGAUGGCAGUGACAGUAUGGAAAAUGCCAAGAGACGCAUGCGUGCUGCCUUUGAGUUCUUUAGCAAGCUGGGUGUCAAGUACUGGACAUUCCAUGACAGGGAUGUAGCACCUGAGGGAGCCACACUGGAGGAAACCAACCGUAACCUGGAUGAGAUCACUGACCUGGCCAAGGAGCUGAUGGCCCGGACUGGAGUAAAGCUCUUGUGGAACACAUGCAACUUGUUCUCCCAUCCAAGAUACAUGAAUGGCGCAGCAACCAACCCCGAUGCGCAUGUCGUUGCGUACGCUGCGGCCCAAGUCAAAAAGGGACUGGAAAUCGGCAAGAAACUCGGAGCUGAAAACUUUGUCUUCUGGGGUGGUCGUGAGGGCUAUAUGAGUCUCCUGAACACCGACGUUCUCGCUGAGCUCACCCAUGCAGCCAACUUCUUCAAGAUGGCCGUUGAUUACAAGAAGAAGAUUGGCUUUGAGGGCCAGCUGCUGAUUGAGCCAAAGCCUAAGGAACCAACCAGACAUCAAUAUGACUAUGAUGCGAUGACCGUUAUCGGAUUCCUUCAACACUUCGGGCUAGCCGAUGACUUCAAGAUCAACGUUGAGCCUAACCACACGAUGCUGGCUGGCCACCCAUAUGAGCACGACAUUGUGUUGGCUUCCAAGUUUGGAAUGCUUGGUUCUGUGGAUUCCAACACUGGUUCCCCUGACCUAGGGUGGGAUACCGACCAGUUCCCCAUGGACAUCCGAGACACUACACUUGUCAUGAAGGCUGUUAUUGAGCAGGGUGGGCUCGAGCCGGGAGGCCUCAACUUCGAUGCCAAAGUCCGCCGUGAAUCCACCAACCUCCAGGACAUGUUCAUCGCCCACAUCGGUGCCAUGGAUUCCUUUGCCAGGGGCCUGCGCUGCGCGGUCAAACUGGUGGCCGAAGGAGCCAUGGCCAAAAUGGUGGAGGACCGUUACAGUAGCUUCAAGGAGGGUAUCGGUGCAAAGAUCAAAACAGGGACAGCUACACUGGAAGAGUGUGAGGACUAUGUAAAGAAGCAUGGAGCUCCAUCUCAAAUCUCGGGUGAACAGGAGAAGUACGAGUGUGUCCUCAACCACUAUGUGUAAGCACUGACGAAGAAUGCAGCGUGCUCCAGCACAAUUGGUAAUCACGACAGGUGUUUAAAUCAAAAGCCACUGAACAAGGCCAAUACUUGCGAUAUUGUGUGAAUGAGCUAGUCUGGUAUUUCAAAAAGACAGUCUUUUCAGAACGACACAUGCAUGAGUUGGCGCACGGCAUUUCUGACAGACAACUGUGCAUGCGUUCUACUGUUCCCAAAUAGCCAGCCUCGAACACACUUCUAUUUGGGCAUACGCUGUUGGAAUACCGAACUGGGUCAUUGUUAAAGAUAUCAAUGAAAGUGUCUACCUGAAUAAAUCCUGACAGUUAAGAAUGUGUGUUAGUGGGCGUUGUAGUUCUGACAAGGCAUUCAAGAUUCUGAGGGUUUGUCAGGUUCUCAUGGGGCCAAGUUAGCAACAAAUCAGGCGCAAUAAAAUUGAUAAAUCUGUGAGUAGGGAAAGAUAUACUACUAGGUAUUCGAAUUGGUAAUAGUAUUACCCAGAUUAUGAUCAUUUCUUCUUUAUAUCAGUCUUGCCCGUGAUACCUGCAGUUCUAGCCAUUACUAUCCAAAUAAAUUAAUUGCCUUUAUUUUCUAUGUACUCAUUUUUUUUUUAGUGGUUAGAAUCCAAACAGGUAGUUGUUUUUAGUUGUACGUUGUGCAUGGGACCCUCGGGAGAAUUUUGAUAAUACAUUAAUGUUCACACUGAUAUGAGGGAAAACUUGUAAUACACUUUAUCUUUGAGUCUAAUUAUGCUGAAUGCAAUUGAUUCUAUGCAAUUGGAACUGCACCCUCAGAUCAGAGUUGAACAAAAAGAGAGCUACAAUAAAUCCAAACUGCAACACUACAGUAAACCACAGCCACUAAUUUUAUAAUCUCGUGGUUGGAGGUUGUUCCAUUUAUUACGCUCACGUCUGGGCAAUGGGGCAACUCUCCAUUUACUUUGUACAGGGAUUUGCAUAUUUUCCUCCUUUUUUGCUGCAACAUGAUAAAAAUAACUGAAACCUUUUCGGUGUUGGAGAUAUUUACAGCACAUAACAGUCAACUGCAAGGUGUAUGUUUAAAGCAUCUUUUAAUAUUUUUGUGUUAUUUACAAAAUAAAAGACUUAGACUAUUAAAAACAGAAUAUUAUUAGUGCUAUUUUUGGAUAUGACAUACCUGUCUUCUCAGAAAGCCAAUUACUGAAUUGCAAUUCUCAACAAACUGCGUGAACAUUUUAGAUUUUUGGAAGUGUCAGUUUAUAUUUCUCUUAUAAUUCAGUACCUGAUUUUUAUUAAUUAUCCAUGAUCUUUCAUUAAAUUAACUUUUGAAUGAAAACAA